GUGCCUGGAGCUCUUCCAUUCCACUGAGGUGCUUGACGUCGGUCGGUCCCAGGCACCUCAGUUCAGGCCUUACGGCAGCUUGUUCCCAUCCAAACCACCACGGCACAGCAUCAUCCAAUCUCUCCCAAAACAAACAACAUCACUCACCAGUCCUCGACUAAGAGACACCGACCCUCGACGCUAACACCAUCUAUCUCUUCGGCUAUCACCAACCAACGCCCGGCGCAUAUAACCAGCAAAGCCAGGCUUACCUCCCGACAGCAAUACUACAUCCCGGACCCUUCUCCCCACUCGAGCUCCCCUCAACACCGUCAAAAUGUUUAUGGCAAGAUCUGAAUACGAUCGGGGCAUCAACACCUUCUCCCCCGAAGGCCGCCUCUUCCAAGUCGAGUACUCCCUCGAGGCCAUCAAGCUCGGCUCCACCGCCAUCGGCGUCGCCACCUCGGAGGGCGUCAUUCUCGGCGUCGAGAAGCGCGUGACCUCGACCCUGCUCGAGACCUCGUCGGUCGAGAAGAUUGUCGAGAUCGACCGCCACAUCGGGACCGCCAUGUCCGGGCUGCAGGCCGAUGCGCGCUCCAUGAUCGAGCACGCCCGCGUCGAGUGCCAGAGCCACGCCUUCAACUACAACGAGAAGCUGCGCGUCGAGAGCUGCACGCAGGCCAUCUGCGACCUGGCCCUGCGCUUCGGCGAGAGCGCCGACGGCGAGGAGAGCAUCAUGUCCCGCCCCUUUGGCGUGGCGCUGCUGAUUGCCGGCUACGAUGAGGACGGCCCGAGUCUGUACCAUGCCGAGCCGUCGGGAACGUUUUAUCGCUAUGAUGCAAAGGCAAUUGGAAGCGGUAGCGAGGGCGCGCAGGCCGAGUUGCAGAAUGAGUACCACAAGUCCCUCACCCUCGAAGACGCCGAGACGCUCGUCCUCAAGACGCUCAAGCAGGUCAUGGAGGAGAAGCUCGAUGCCAAGAACGUGCAGCUGGCGAGCGUCACCAAGGACAAGGGCUUCAGGAUAUACACAGACGAGGAAAUGGCCGCUGUUGUUGCGCGGUUGCCCGCCAACUAAAGAAGCAUGUGUCAUGUAAUGUUGAUGAAGGGGAAUGGGAAACUAAAGCAUAGCUGGAGAUAGCAGGCGAACGGGAUGGAAAGCGGCAUCUCCCGGUUUUUUGAUGGGAGAAACUGUUUAAUGAAUCGAAUCCAACUCAAGCACUCUUGGUUGGUUGGUGGCCCUCUACUCACCCCAUUCCACGGCAUAUGUCCAGCGUUUCAAGCACGUGUGGCAACGGAUUCGCAAUAGAUAAAGGCGUAUGAAAGUAACCGACCUGAAAGCCGGUCAGCAGGCAACACACCGUUUACUUGACACCAUCUCUCGUCUCGGACUUGGAUUCCGUUCCAGCCUUCUAAACAGUACAUCAAGGUAUUCCAUAAUGCCCAGGUCGUCGUCCGC